AGAUCAGUCUCUCAGCUAUUUAUUACGGAGAUGUUUGACCACAUAAAGGCCUUUCAGAGAAAACUGCAGCUACUGUGUCGACAUCUGUCAGCAGGAAACCUGGCUCACUUCCCCAGUCUGAGAGAGGUAAACCUGGUACAACAGAAACUGUCUGAAUAUGCAACACUUGUCAGCAACCUAGACCUGGAGUUUGAAAUGCGCUUUCUGGACUUCAGGAAGAAUUCAGGUGACAUGGAGCUGUUUUCCCAACCCUUCAGCACAAGUGUGGACUGUGUCCCUGAUCACAUUCAGAUGGAGCUGAUUGAGUUUCAGUGCGAUUCAGAGCUGAGGAAUAAAUUCAUGUCACUGAAACUGAAGGACCUCUACACACAUGUCUCACCAGAACGGUACCCAAACAUUAGGAAGCAUGCACAGGUGAUGUUAUCUCUGUUUGGCAGCACCUACAUUUGUGAACAGACUUUCAGUGUAAUGAACCUUAACAAAACCCGGCUCAGAAGCAAUCUGACUGAUCUACACCUGCAGGACGUUCUCACCCUCUCAGUUAGUCAGCUUCAGCCUGACAUUGAGAGGCUGGUCAAAGCCAAAGACCAGCUUCAUGUGUCUCACUAAUAGUGUCAAACU